AUUCCCCAUAUCUAGUUGUGCUGGUUUAUUUGAAAUAAAUAAAUUGUGGCUUGAAAUGCUUUAAGCUUCCUGGAGAACAGAAAUGAAUGAGAACAUGAGCAUUUUUCUUAAAGAAAAGAAAACAAACAUAAGUGGUCGACAAAUUACCUACUUAUCCAAUUACUGAUAAAUAAAUUUUGGUCAUGGAUGACUUUCCUUGGCAUUCAGUUGUAUUAUUGGCCCGUUAUAGUUUUCUGUUUACUGUUCUAACAAAUUACCAUAAAUUUAAAGCCUUAAAACAGUACAAUUUUUUUUUCCUAACUAACACUUCUGUAGCUAAAAAAUACAACAUCAAAUUCACUAAACCCAAAACACUGGCAGAGCUCUGCUGCUUUAUGGGGCUCUUUUCUCCCUGCUUUACCCAGAGGCUACCCAUACUUCUUGUCUCACGACUCUUUCAUUUUCAAAGUCUGCAGCAUAGACAGCCUCUCCUUGAGCCUACUUACACCAUCAUUUCUCUUUCUCUGAUUCUUUUAAGCUGUCUUCCUCUUCCAUUUUUUUAAGACCCCUGUGUUUACAUCAGGCCCACCAAAUAAUCUGGGACAGCCUUCCUAUUUCAUGGUCAGAUAACCAGCAGCAUUAAAUUCAUCUGCAACCUUAAUUAUCUUUUGCUCUAUAGUAUAACAUAUUCAUGAGUUCCUCGAUUAAGACACAGACAUUGGGGGUCAUGAGAUGGCAGUAUAACAACAGGAUGAUCUGAGUCAAUUGGGGCAAAAUAGAUAGUUAAAAAGGAGAGACGAUACAUGCCAGAGAUAGAGCCAUGGGAAAUUCAGUUCAGGAAGCUCAGGAGGCCAACACAGACUGGGUAGGUCCACACUGAAAGGGCAAAUAAGUAAGGGAAGCAGUGGAGGCACAGCAGAGGUACAGAUCCGGGUGGUUGGCACCAGACCCCAGUGUACCAGGUUAGACAGGAAAUUGUGGGUCCACAGUGCUGCAGAUAGCAGCAGGAGGGAGAACGUGGAGAACUGCUUUUGAAGUUCAAUGUAGGAAAAAAGGGAAGAUAUAAAAAGCAACCAGGGAAGUCAGGCACUCACGUGCCGAUCUCCAACCCCCUCUCACCCCUCACCCCCCAACCCUGGACCUCCAGUUGGCUGAGAGAACCCAUCUCGUCUGUUUACAUUUUCAAGUGUUAGCAGGGGACUGCCACCUUAGUCUCCCGAGAACAUGCCCCUCAAUUGCAGGAACCAUCUCACCACACCCCCAUCCAGGAAGUAGGACCACAACAUUUGAGAAGAAUUUCUUCCCCACCACACAAGCUGUAGGACAAGGAGAAGUCAUAAAUAUCAAAAAUUUUGAGCCUGCUCCACCCACCACUGAGAAGUGAGCUGGGUCCUAGUAGCUAAGGCUACAUGCACUGAACCUUGUACCUGCCUCCACCAUGAUUGAGAAGCGAGCAGAGCUCCAGUAGGUGGUGCUCUGUGCUUCUACUUGCAACAAACACAAAGCAGCUCAUAACAGAGGGAAAACUCACAAGAAAAUCUCCACACACACACAAAAAGAAAAAAUACACAAACGCUGAAAAACAAAAGAAAAACCCUAAAUAGGAAUAAGCAAGACACUACAACUCUUCAAUAGAAGAAGGUGAAGAUCAAGAGAUCAAGGACGCGCCAGAAAUGGGAUUCAGAAAAAUUAAUAGAUUACUUAGAAGCAAUCAGAAGCUAAUUCAUGAUCUAAAUGAAAAGUGCUCCCAAUAAAUUGAGAUAUUAAAGAGAAGUCAGAAUGAAAUACUAGAAAUGAAGAAUUCAACAGAUCAAAUAAAAAACAUACUAGAAAGCCUUAACAACAGAAUAGGUGAGACAGAAGAAAGAAUGUCAAACCAGAAGAAAAAUUUCUGGAAAUAUUACAGUCAGACUGAAAGAAGGAAGAAAAAAUUAGAAAACUAAAAAAUAUGCUUGGAAAUCAACAAGAUACUAUCAAGCAACCCAACGUGCGGAUCAUAGGAGUUCCAGAAGGUGUGGGAAAAGAGGAAGGAUUAGAAGGCCUUCUUAAUGAAAUAAUAACAGAAACCUUCCCCAAUCUGGAGAAAGAAAGAGACUUCCAAGUCCAAGAAAUACACAGAACUCCCAAUAGACACAAACAUCCAAGAUGUUCACAACACACUUCAGUAAAGUUCCCCAUAGUAAAAUAUAAAGAAAAGAUAUUAAAAUGUGCAUGAAACAAAUCACAUUCAGAGGAAACCCAAUUAAACUUACUCUGGACUUCUCAUCAGAAACCCCACAGGCAAGAAGAGAAUGGCAAGAUAUAUUCCAAGUCUUAAGAGGAAAAAAAAACUGUCAACCCAGAAUACUGUACCCUGCAAAGCUCUCAUUUAUGAAUGAAGGAGAAAUAAAGAUCUCCCGUAACAAAUAGAAAUUGAAAGAAUUUGUUACUACUUGCUUAGCCCUACAAAAGAUAUUAAAGGAUCUGUUACACACAGAAAGACAUGUGACAUAUCACAUGAACAAACUGAAGAAAAAAAUAUAUGAUCAUCUCAAUAGAUGCAGAGAGGCAUUUGAUAAAACACAACACCCUUUCAUGAUGAAAACUCUAAGCAAAUUGGGUAUGGUAGGAACAUUCCUCAACACAAUCAAGGCAAUUUAUGACAAACCCACAGCCAGCAUCCGAUUGAAUGGUGAAAAAUUGGAAGCAUUCCCACUGAGAUCCAGAAUCUGACAAGGAUGCCCAUUCUUACCAUUGCUAUUCAAUAUAGUCCUGUAAGUUUUAGCAGGAGCCAUUAGGCAAGAAAGAGAAAUCAAAGGGAUUCAAAUCAGGAAAGAGGAAGCCAAACUAUCCCUAUUUGCAGAUGACAUGAUUCUACACAUAGGGGAUCCAAAGACUCCACCAAAAGACUACUGGAACUCAUAGAAGAGUUUCAUAAAGUAGCAGAACAUAAAAUCAAUACACAAAAAUCAACAAGCUUUGUAUACACAGACAAUGUCAUGGCUGAGAAAGAACUUCUAAGAUAGAUCCCAUUCACCAUAGCUACUGAAAAUUCAAAUGCCCUGAAAUCAAUUUAACCAAAGAAGUCAAAGAUCUCUACAAUGAGAAUUAUAAAACAUUAAAGAAAUAGAAGAUAGAAAAAAAUGAAAAAAGUUUCCACGUUCAUGGAUUAGAAGAAUCAAUAUCAUCAAAAUGUCCAUUCUUUCAAGAGCAAUUUACAGGCAAUACCAAUCAAAAUACCAAAGGCAUUCUUCUCAGAUCUAAAAAAAAAAUGAUUCUGGAAAUUUACCCAAGGGAAAUGAAAUCAGCAAAUAAAAGAGUUAUCUGUACCCCCUUGUUUACUGCAGCUCAAAUCACAAUAGCUAAGACAUGGAAUCAAUCUACAUGCCUAUCAACUGAAGACUGGAUAAAGAAAUAAUGGGAUAUGUACUCUAUGUAAUACUACACAGCAGUAAAAAUAAAAUGCAAUCUGGUCAUUUGCCACAAAAGGGAUGAAUCUAGAAAACAUUAUACCUAGUGAAAUAAGCCAGUCCGAAAGGGACAAAUACCAUAUGUUCUCCCUAUCUGUGAUAAUUAACAGAAUACCUAAAAGGAAACCUGUCAAAGUGAAACUGACACUUUGAGAAGCAAUGACUUGAACAGCCUUGGUUUUGAGUGUUGAGGGCAAGUUUUGCUUCUUUUCCUUCUUAAUACCAUUGGUUGAACUCUUUACCUAACAUAGAAUUAAUCAUAAGUAUGUAAAGUCAAUGGAAAAUAGAUCCAGGGGCCAGUGCUGUGGUGUAGCAGUUUAAGCCACUACCAGCAGUUUCAGCAUCCCAAAUGGACACCAGUUCGAAACCCAGCUGCUCCACUUCUGAUCAGUUCUCCGUUAUGGCCUGGGAAAGCAGUGGAAGAUGGCCCAAGUCCUUGGAUCAUUGCACCCAAGUUGGAGACCCUGAGGAAGCUCCUGGCUCCUGGCUUCAGAUCAGUGCAGCUCCAGCCAUUCAGCCAUCUGAGGAGUGAACAAGAAGAUGGAAGACCCUCUCUCUCUCUGUCUCUCUGCUUCUGCCUCACUGUAAUUCUGUCUUUCAAGUAAAAUAAAAUAAAUCUUUUUAAAAAAAACAAAAACAAAAACAAAAUAUAUCCCAGUAAAAAAUAAGAGUGGGAAUAAGAGAGGGAGGAGGUAGUUUGUAACAGAAAAGCUGUAUCGUUCUGCAUACAUUCCUACAGACUUACUUCUAAGAGCAAAGCUAAAAGCUAGCCAUGGGACUCUAAAUCCCAUUAAGCUUGGUGGUAAUAAUGCCACUUUAAGUGUUAAAGUGAUCAUAUUAAGUUUUAAAUUGGUCAUAUAGGUAGAGUUAAGUGUUAAAGGGAUCAUAUAAAUAAAAUCAAGUCUGGGCCAGUGCUGUGGCUCACUAGGCUAAUCCUCUGCCUGUGGUGCCAGUACUCCAGGUUCUAGUCCCGGCUGGGGUGCCAGUUCUGUCAGGGUUGCUCCUCUUCCAGUCCAGCUCUCUGCUGUGGCCCAGGAGGGCAGUGGAGGAUGGCCCAAGUGCUUGGGCCCUUGCACCUGCGUGGGAGACCAGGAAUAAGCACCUGGCUCCUGGCUUUGGAUCAGUACAGUGCACCAGCCAUGGCAGCCAUUUGGGGGGUGAACCAAUGGAAGGAAGACCUUUCUCUCUCUCUCUCUCUCUCUCAUUGUCUAACUCUGCCUGUCAAAUAAAUAAAUAAAUAAAUAAAGUCUGGUAAUAACAACAGAUAGAAUUAAAAAGGAGAAAAUGUUCCAGCAUGCAAAGCAGUUCACACAGCAAACUUAUACAAUGACAAUUGCUCUAAAUAGCACUCUGACCUCAUAAUCAGCCCUUAAGACAUUCUAGUCUGGCUGAAAAACUCAUGAGAGCAUUUUUAGGCAUGAAAAUUCAAGAUACUGUGGCAAAAAUAUUGUCCUACAUGAAGUAUCUCUGUGAGUGAGACCCCAGUGGAAAGAAAGGGCCAUCAAAGAAGGAUGUACUUUUCUCUGAAGGGAGGAGAGAAUUUCCACUUUGCUUAUGGCCUUGACUAAAUUCUGAUGGAAAUUGUGGACUCAAAAAAUUGCAUAGCCUAGACAGCUCAUGUCAAGGGCCUCAGGAGGUUACUGAUUGUCAUACAUAAGAGUGUCCAUUAUUAAAUUAACAAGAGUAUUCACUGUGCACUUACUCCCCAUACAGGAACUCUGACCUUAUAGAGCUGUACUAUGAGAAUUAAUUGUAAAUCUUAUUCUCAUUUUUUAUAUUGUGUGUGUGUGUGUAUGUGCAAAUCAUUGAAAUCAUUACUUAGUUUGGAGUUGGUCUUCUGUAUAUAAAGUUAAUUGAAAAUGAAAAAAAGGCAUAAACAUGUUGAGGGGGGCAUUAUUCUGCCUAUCAUGGAUUCUUCCCUCUUUCUGUGACCUUCAGAUAGAUAUAACUUAGGGAACACACGCACAUGCUGGAAGAAUUGAAAAAUAAAUGUAUUCCCAUCUUCGUGUUUCUUCACUUCCUUUAAAUCACAGGAUAUAUAGGAUUCUAAAAUCAAAUGGGAAUCAAGUUUACAUUAGUUCUAACUGCCUAUUGGCUUGCUCACUGGCUCUCUUCCAUUUGCAGACAUCUGACAAGAUGUUCUUUCAUUUCUUUUCCCAAUAAAUGAAUCACUUUGGUAUGUUUUGUAACUCUUAGGACAUAAUGAUGUCGUCCAAUCCAACAUCCUACCCUGGAUGGAGUGAAACCAUAUGCACUCCUUACCCACCAAGCAGCUGUACAGUUCCUGGUUCUCCACAACCUCAAGGUUUAAUUAACCUAGGUAACCAAACUCAGGGAGGUCAGCUUCCAUUCAUCACAGCUCCUGGAAUCUUGGCUACCCAUCAGCUGGGUCAAGAAAAUAUGCAGGUGAUAAACUCAGCCAUAGGAAAAUAUGCAAUAAAGUUUAAAGAAGAAGCAAAGGCUCUAGGGGCAAUCCAGGUCGUGAUUGGAAUUAUGCACAUUGGUUUUGGGAUCAUUCUGGGUUUACUGAGUUACUCUACUGACAACUAUUUGGGUUUUGCCUCUACUGCUUUCCUUGGUGGUUACCCAUUCUGGGGUGGACUCUGUUUCAUUAUUUCUGGCUCUCUGGCCAUAUCAGCAUCCAAGGAGUUUUCCCCUUGUCUGCUGAAAAGCAGCCUGGGAAUGAAUAUUGUUAGUUCUAUCUUUGCCAUCAUUGGAGUGAUUCUGCUGCUAGUGGACAUGAGCAUCAAUGGUAUAUAUCUACAAAAUUAUGGGUCAGUGCUCUCUGGGAAAGGAAUUUCAGCCAUGCUGAUGAUCUUCUCUCUCUUGGAAUUCUGUGUAACUUGUACCACAGCCCAUUUUUCCAGCCAAACAAUCACCAUGAGCAACAAGCCUGUCACGGUUAUUCCAACUGUGUAUACAGUCAACCCCAUGACACCAGAGUCUUCCUCGGCUCCUUCCAGAACUAACGGCUAUCCAGCUUACACCACUAACUAUUAACAGAAGAGAGGUACCAGUCCAUCAUCCAAUGUCAAGGAGCAAAACUGCUCUGGAGGAAUCUCUUAGAAGCCAGCUUCUAAUGUUCACAGUGAUUGUUAACUUUUAUAGAAAGAUGCGUCCUUGAAUUCAUCACUAAUGAUAACUACUUCCUGUCACUGUCUCUUCCUACAAGCCUACACUGCACACUGGCAAAGUAAAGGGCCAAAAGACUGAAAAAUGGCUUUACAACUCUCUGAAAUUUAGAAAUUUUCAUGUUACCUUUUCCUCAAUAACAUAAUGUCAAUAAAAUGUCAUAAGGAACAUAAGCCUUUUUGGUAUAUUUUAAACUUCAUUUUUGCUUGAUAUGUUUUAGAUCAGCCAAUCUGACAAACUCUACAAAGCAGACUGAUAAAAAAUUUCUUUGAUGAUGAUCUGCCGCGGAUCCAAGUUAUUAGAGUUCUUUUAAUCACCCCCAUUUCUGUUCAGAAAGCAAAUGCUGAAUUGCCCUUCUUAGAGACCACAUUAUUAUAUACAUUAAUCCCAUCAAAUAUCUUGGAUGUCUACAAAGCUUUGCUAUUAAUGGAGCAUUUUCAUAUACAUUAAACUCCUUUGCAACAGAGCAAUUUCAAGACAAUAAUGAUGCGUUAAUGGUUUUUUUUAUUUUGGUUUUAGCUUUUUGUUUUUGAAAUAGGAGGAAUGGACAAAUUUAAAAAGCCAGUAGGGGAGGGGAAUGGUGCUGUGCCAUAAGCCUCUGCCUGUAGCACUGUCAUCCCACUUGAUUGCUGGUUCAUAUCCUGGCUGCUCCUCUUCCCAUCCAGCUCUUUGUUAUAGCCUAGAAAAGCAGUAAAAGAUGGCCCAAGUGUUUGGGCCCCUGCAACCACAUGGGAGACCUGGAAUAAGCUCCUGACUCCUGCCUUCAUAUUGGCCUAGCUCUAGCCACAAUGGCCAUUUGGGGAGUGAAGCACAGGAUGGAAGAACUUUCUCUCUGUCUCUCCCUCUUUCUGUAUGUAACUCUCUCUCUCUCAAAUAAAUAAAAAUUUUUUAAAAAUCCAGUGGAAACAACCCAGAUAAAAGAGAAGGAAUAAAUGACAGUUGGAAGACAUGGCUUAAGUCAUGAAGAAGGGUUGUUUCUCUCCAUCAUGGAAAGAAAAGAAGAUGUAAUUGCUGCACACACCUAAAGUUUUGCAAUAAUGGUAAUGAGUAUACAGGGCGGUUCCAAUAUGAUGAUCAUGACACCUUUGUCAGAGUAGGAGUGGAGGGCAUGGUGAAAUAUUAAACAGAAUAGGUGAUGUUUAAAAAUCAUGGAAAAAAAUAAUCAACUGUUAGGAGAAACAGAGGAGGACGGCCAGGCUGUAAUGAGGGCAUAUUUGAAGGGAUGAUCACAAAUUUGCAGUGCAAAUGAAUUACGCAGUAGGGUGUGGCUGCUCAGAUAUAGAUCCAAAGAAAGUACCUGGUAACACUGAGGGUUAGAUUUUUCUCUACAAGAAAUGAUUAAACAGCUAAGGGGACAAGAAAUAUGAGUGUAUGGUAAAUAGUAAAAUAAUGAACUGUGGAAUCUAAACUGGAUAAGAAAUGUGGGGGGAGGAUAGAAUAAUUUUAAAAUUGAGAUAUAUGGAGUGGGUGAUUGGUGCAGUGGGUAAGUCGCCUUUUGGGAUACCCACAUCCCAUAUCAGAGUGUCUAGAUUCAAGUCCUGGCUCCAUUUCUAAUUUCAACUUUGUUAAUGAACACCUUGGGAGGCAGCAGGUGAUGGCUCAAGUAAUUGAGUUCCUGCCACCCAUAUGAGAGGUCUGAACCGAGUUCUAGGUUCUUGGCUUUGGCCUGGUCCCAUUCUGGCUAUUACAGGCAUAUGCGAAGUAAACCAGUGCGUAGAAUCUCUCUCUCAAAUCAAAAUAUUAAUUAAAAAAUUUUAAUUGAGAAUCUGCUUUCUCCAGUAGACUUAUGAAGAUCAAAUGAGAUGUUUUAUGAAAAUGGUUUCAAAAUAGCAAUGUAUUAUGCAUUUCUGAGUUUUAAAUUAUUAAAUAAGCCAGAAAAGGAGGGGAAACAUUGGGAAAGAGUAGGAGAAAAAUCAAACUCAUGAAAGGGGUAUGUAAAAAAAAGAUUUUUGCAUCUAAGAAAGCAAGAGUAUUAUGUCAGAUAAGAGUUGCAUCAUUUCAAGGUUCUCAUCCUGCCUGGAUCCUCAACUAUUUAGCAACCUGAGUAGUCAGGAAUGCUGUUUCCUUCACCAUGAAGCUCAGAAACUCAGCCAAAGGUAAGGCACAUACUAUGGUCUGAGAGUCUAGGAAUUAAACGGUGUCCCCAAAAUAUCUGGAGUAGAGUAGUAUACUAUAUAUCUUCAUAUAUAAAAUAAAAUGCUAUAAAAGAUUAUGAUACUUACUUUGGGGAACAGACACAUUUCCAACAAAAUUCAUUCGUUAAAUAAA